AUGGGCAAGAUCAACCUGACCGCGCUCCGCGUGCGCAAGACGGCGCUCAACCAAUUCGCUAGCGGAAAGAUCAACAAGCUCCCUCAAUGGGUUGAUGUCGUUGGCCAAAUCCCGCCCUCUGAGGCCUUGAUUCGAACUCCGAGCCCGCAACACCAGCUCGUUCGCCAACGCAUGAAGACCGUUGCUGGAUCAUCCAAGCCGCAGGUCGUCUUUGAGGUCCAGGAGAAGCCUCGCAAGUCCAAGAAGCCCAGCCGACUAUUCCAGCCUGUCGAGCUCAAGUAUGAGGAGGACGAAUUACGACACACUUUCUUCCGGGAUCACCCCUGGGAGCUUGCCCGGCCUCGCGUGCUUCUCGAGAGCACAGGCAAAGACCACGAGCACUACGACUGGAGCCGCAUCACACAACCCGGGAAACGACUCGACGGAGAGAGUGUUGUCCAGCGUCAACUAUGGCUGCUGAACAACGUACCUGAUAUGACUAAGAGCAAUGCCUAUGACAUUGCUCGACGGGAAUUUUACCGCCUUCGACUGCAGGAAGACAUCCAGCGACGAGUGGCGGCUGAGGAGGCCGAAGCCACGGGUGCUCAAUUCGGUCCCUCUUACUUGGAAGUUGGUAUGGAACUGGAGAACCAGCAAUACGAGAAGUGGAAAGCAUGGGCGAAAACGCAAGCACAGCUAUUUGAUCAGCGUACGGCAGCCCUCUCUGGCGCUCCGGAGGUGGCACUUGAACAGCAGAGUCAAGAAGAGGCCUUUGCGGAGCCGCCGGAGGCUGUUACCGUUUGA